CGGUGAUGACGCACAAACAGCAGCACCUAGGAGGAGAUGCUCCGCAGCAUCAGCACCAUCCCGCUCUCUGAUGGAUGGGAAGUGGACGGAAGAGGAUUUUAAUGAUUCCCGGCUCUCUGUCCUCCUGUCCCUCCGCGCUGAGGACAAGCCAGCAGGGAGGAAAGAGACACGGCAGAGGAGACGCGCGUAAAUCAUCCGUGCGUCUUCCGCGCGCCAUGCCGCCCCUCUUCUCUCUCCUCUGAGUUCCUCGGUUCCCUCCUUCUGCCUUUCUGCUUCUUGGAUGAACUUUCUUUUCGCCCUGAAGGACGCAGUAGUUCGCUCCGACACCAUGAAGACGUCGCGGAGGUGUCGCGCGCUGCUGUCGGUGGCUCUGAACCUGGUGGCGCUGCUCUUCUCCACCACCGCCUUCAUCACCACCUACUGGUGCGAAGGCACCCAGAGGGUCCCCAAACCGAACUGCAGCACGCAGCGGCGCCACAACUGCAUCGACUACGGUGUGAACGAAACGGACCAGAACAAAGUCCACUACAGCUGGGAAACCGGGGACGACCGUUUCCUCUUCCGCCGGUUCCACACCGGCAUCUGGUACUCCUGCGAGGAGAACAUCCACGAAGCAGCUCAUUUCAUCUUUCUCUCCUCACCUUUUUUUCUCUUCCAUCCCUCUCCACCUCUCUCCCUUCAACUGCCCCCUCUCCCCUUUCUCGUCUCAGGUGAGAAGUGUCGGAGCUUCAUUGAUCUGGCCCCUGCGUCGGAGAGAGGUGUUCUGUGGUUGUCGGUGGUGUCAGAGGUUCUGUACAUCCUGCUGCUGGUGGUCGGAUUCAGCCUCAUGUGUCUGGAACUUUUCCACUCCAGUAACGUCAUCGAUGGACUCAAACUCAACGCCUUCGCUGCUGUCUUCACCGUACUCUCUGGUCUUCUGGGUAUGGUGGCCCAUAUGAUGUACACACAGGUGUUCCAGAUCACAGUGAGUCUGGGUCCUGAGGACUGGAGACCCCAUAGCUGGGACUACGGCUGGUCCUUCUGCAUGGCGUGGGGUUCCUUCACCUGCUGCAUGGCCGCCUCCGUCACCACCCUCAACUCCUACACCAAGACGGUGAUCGAGUUCCGACACAAACGGAAGCUGUUUGAGCAAGGCCUGCAGGAGGAGCAGAACUACCUGGACCAGGAGGCUUUCCACUACUUCCAGGACCGCUCCCUUCAGUCCAUCUCCGGCACUGUUGAGGUCUACCCAGGCCACACCGGCCCUAGAGCCGGCCUCAUCGUUGGAGGCCCAGGACCCGGUCCAGGCCCUGGUCCCGGUCCUGGUCCAGGACGUGGGAAAAUGAGAGCUACUCCAGCCAACAUGGACCUGGGGGAUAAUACAGACUCUCUGGGGGAAGAGCAGUGCUGAGGGAGUGUUAACUCUGGACAUGGACUCAGAUGUUUUCUCCAGCGUUUUAAGAACAGCUGUUUCUUGUCUGCAGAGGUGAAACAGUGACUUGAGAAGAAAAGAUGAGGUGGAAACAGAUAUCUGUGUUUGUGUGAAAUGAACUAAAAUUUAAAAUAAAUCAUAAAACAGAUUAAGAUUAGGUAGGUGUCUCCCAUAUUUUAAGGCACAUUUCACCCGCUAACAUCCCAAAUUUGAAACCCUAGUGGGUUUGCGUAAUGUUGCUGAUCAGUGUAGCUGAAGAGACUGGAAAUCCAUUUAUAUCAGUAAGAAAAUAAUAAAAACCUGCAGUUGUGGUUUAUGAUGCUUUCUGUUUGAGCUUGGAAGUAGAAAUUCAGCUCUGAAAAUUAGGUUGGGUCCAACCUGACUGUGUUCCAGUUUCAAGAUACAAAACCUGUAGCACUUUCAUUCAUUCAUUCAUUCAUUCAUUUGUCCAUUUUCAUUAUGUAAGCAAACUCAGACAUCCCUCUUUCUAAAGUGCUCUUGGGUCAGAGAGGAUAAUUAUUUGUUCCAAUGAGUUCCUUGAUCUUCCCAGGGUUCUCCUCAGAGAAUCAGACCUGGUAGGAAAAAUCCAACUAUCUAAGUGCAGCUUCUGGGCAUUCCUGCUAAGUAACUGGAAAUGUACGACUUCCUAGUUUAAAGCUGCAAUAGCAAAUCUGCAAAAAAAUCUAGCUUUUAAACACGGUCACGGAACACUCACCCCUCCCGUCAGCCAUGCCCCCCUGAUUUAGAAGCCCACAUAGCCAGAGUAAACAAGAUAGCGCUUAACACCAGUUGCCGUUUUCUAGGUCCACACGUAUUUUGUUGUCCGUGACUUCAGAUGGUGUUUUUAUUUUUGGACUUUGGUAGUUUGUCCUAAAGUAGAAGUGGUAGCAGCCGGCUGUUUCUCCUUCUCUGAUAUUAUUGAGCGGAGAACCUCUCACACCAGUGGUGUUCUGUUGCUGAAUACGUGAGUGUGUGUGUGUGAUGAGUGGAGGACCCAGGAAAGUGAGAGUGAGAGGUUCGGUGAGACUGAAAACCAGAUGGUCCAAUCGUUGGUUUUGGUCUGAGCCGUGUUGUUGGUGGAGGUUUUUGAACAAAUUUGAGAGAACCACUUGAUUUAUAAAUAUAUUUUUUCUCCAUUUUUUAAAUCUCCACAAUAUAUUUAUAACCCAUAAUAUGUUAAAACGUUGUUAAGAGACUUGAGAAAAAUGAUUUAAGCUAACUUGUUUUGCAGAUUUGCCAUUGUAGCUUUAAAUGAGAAAUGCACUGAGAGGACCCAAACAUAUGAGGCUAAAUCAACAAAGGCGACUAUUGUGAUUAUUCCAUCAGUUAUUAAAUUAGUGGAUUAAUCUAUUCAAAAAUUAAAUAUAGAAUUUAUUAUUUGGAAAUGGAAGAUCACACCAAUGCAGUUAUUAAACGAGUUAGUGUGUUAAAAGAACUAAUAAAAAGUUAGAGGAUUAAUAAUUAAUACAGAAAACCUGCAGUAAUUUGAAAUAAAAACUAUUUUUAUCUAUGACAGAUCUCCAAAAGUCAUUCUGUUCCUAUGAGACAGCAGCUUCAUAAUCCAGAGGUCAGAGGGUCAAAACGCUCCGAAAGAUGAUGCGGCAGCAUGCUACUGCAGGGAGCUGUUCUCCUUUGAACCUUCUGGAAAUUAGCUGCGUAAACACACCUUUUGAAUCUCACAGGGGCAUGUGCAGGAAAUAAAUCACUGUUAGGUGAUGGUUCCAGGGGUCACAAGCUGCAGAUGACAGCCUGCAUGUUAUCACGUCUGUUUUUCAGAGAACGCCGAAUCUGAAAAGCCUGAAUCUAAACCUACAAACUCUGGUUUAAUUUUUAUUUUUAAAGUUUAUUUGGAUAAUUUCAAAUUGUUGUUUUUCUGACUUGACUUUUGCAGGUCAUAGGCUGGGAUGGAAGAACAGACACUGAACUGAGACUGAUAAGGUAGCAGCUAAUCAAAGUCAUUUACAAGUGUGAAUAAAAGAAAAGACAAACAGAAA